GUUUCAAUUGAUGAGUCAGAGAGUGUGCUGGUGCCGAGCGGGAGCCGCACAUGCCUAAUUAACCUAUACUUUACCCCCAAAAUAACAAGUGAGACAGUUGUGCCCCAGACCGUGGGUGUUUUGUGUGAUUUAAGCACUGAUUUGGGUAGCGCUGGUUGUGUUUGGGCGAAAUCGCACUGAGUUUGUUUACCCCUCAAUUGCCACGGCAAUACCUCAACCUCGGUUCGUCUUUUCGAAUUAAUGGUCCUUGAACCUAGUGCAGUGUGCUGAGAAUCCGAAAAAAAAAUUCAAACAACUAGCAACGCUGCAGACAGAGCUUGGCGAUUUACUUCAACGCCACUUGUGCUUGGUCAACAAGAGUAGCAGCCUGUGGGAUCCUGGUAGUUCGUAGUUUAAUAUCCUCCCCGGCACGAGGAGUGUGGGUUUCAAGCAAGGAUUGAAUGAAUCAAAAUAUGCAGUGAUACCCACUACUUGGGUUUGAUAUUAUGUGAUGUUCAAGUGUAUCCAAUCUAUCUACUUUCCAUGUGGUGCAAAUGGCAUGGAUUUUCCAACAGAUUCCUUUUGAGUGAGAAAAUUGGAAAAGGGAUUCCACAGUUGUUCGAUUGAAUUUCAUCAAUUGAGAACCACAGAAGUGCCACAUUGUCGUUGUGUGCGAGUGAAGCUGAGUAGAAGGGGGCUAGGACCUAAAUAAUUCAAUUGAUUUCGAUAUAAAACCUGAUAUAUAUAUACAGCGUGUUAACCCAGACACCGACGUCCAUCGAACAUCUCAAGUGAAGAGAAGAGAGAAGGGAACAUUUAGAAAUCCACAUAUAUAUGUAACGGCAGAGACGGCAAAGGUAAUACCAAGCGUUCAAAUUACAAUGAGAAACGAUCCAAUAGACACAAUUCGUCAAUAAAUUUUACGUGCCAUCAAGGAAAAAUCAUCGAUUUAAUAUAAUUCAAUUUUUCUGAAAUAAUCUAGUAUUGAAAGUAAAGUUCUGUAGUUGUUUGGGGUGUACGAUUAAGUGAGGAGAGACUUUUUGGACAUAAGUUUUGGUGAAUUCAGUGAGUGUUGUAUAAAUUCACUUUUUGAGCAAACAACUGACUAUAAGUGAUCCAUAUUGGCGCCGAUUAGGGGUAGCCUUAGCAAUCGUCCCAACACCGCAACCGUUGUUGAAUCUCUCCGUCUGUUGCCGCCAGCGGCUACAGCACCCACCUUUUCCACGGGCGACGGCAAUAGAAAAUCCGUCAAACUGGCCGCGUCUAUAGCAAUGAACCCGCACUACCAUCCGUACUCGGAGCUGUCUUCACCACAUCCCCCCAGUCCGGAUAACAACAACUUCCCGCCAUUGGCCGGUGGUCAUCACCACAAUGGCCAUGGCCCCUUCAUGUCCAUGGAGGGGCAGCAGGGAUUCCAUCAAAUGAACAACAAUAUCGGACCUAUCAAACACUGUGGUGGCUGCGGGGGUAAAAUCGUGGAAAGAUUCUUCUUGCAUGCACUUGACAAAUACUGGCACAACUCCUGCCUCAAAUGUUCCUGCUGCGGUGCAAUGCUGGCCGACCUUGGGACCAGCUGCUUCACGAGAGCCGGGAUGAUUCUGUGCAAGGCUGACUACUCCAGAAUGUUUGGAAUGUCAGGAGCGUGCAGUGCAUGCGGACAAACAAUCCAAGCCAACGAAUUGGUGAUGCGACCUUCGCAACUUAGUAAUAAUCAAGCGGUGGGCAAUCCUAACCAAAACCUACAGAGUCAGGUGCAACACCAGGUGUUUCAUCCCAAGUGUUUUGCAUGUUCAAAAUGUCAAGUGCAGUUAAUGCCUGGCGACCGGUAUUACAUGCUUAAUGGCAACUUGGUGUGCGAACAGGACUGGCAGAAGAUUAUAAAGAACACAGGUGCAAGUACGGGUACACCCCCAAUCCGGAAGGGCAAGGUGGGCAGACCUAGGAGAUCCAGAGACUGAGAGGCUCCGCGUCUGGGACGGCCGCCCAAGAUAAAAAAGGAGGAGGAGGCCAAAUUGCUGCUCACAGCGCCCACCAUACGAACUGAUGAAACUGACUUUGUACGCAGCCAUGCCGCAGCAAGUGUGCCGCCGCCGCCGUCCGCCACGUCCCAGCCCAACGAACAUCUCUACAGUAGCCUCUAUGGGCGCGAGAUGGAGCUCAUGAAGAAGAUGAUUAAGAGUGAAUGCGGUCUGGAGGGUGGACCAUUUGUGCAACCACCCCAUGCCGCCACGUAUGGCUAUCACCAAAUGCGCGGCGGCUAUGCGCCGCCAGUUGCCGUACCACCGCACUUCUAUCCACCCGAAAUUGAUGUGGGUGGGAAAUUCUAUCAUCCACCACCAGGACAACGCUUCCCAGCUCCAAAUAUGGCGUGCAAAAUGGAAAAAGAGGACGCCGCUUUCCAUGGGUUUAUGCAUCCUUUUGGCGGCGGCGACAGACAGCGCUUGGCGCAGGGGCUCCUGAAGCCAGUCUAUGAAAUGGAAAAAUUGCCUCCAGCCCAUCAGGAGACAAUGACUUUACCAUCGCCGAAAGUUUUUGCAGGGUCAUUUGAGAUGAGCAGCGGCGGCGGCGGCGGCGGGUGCCCCAAUAGUGAGCCACUCCACACCAACUUCAAGCAAGUGUCCAGCAAGUCAGUUAGUGAUAGUGAUAAGAGAGACAAGCAAGAGGACAAUAAUGGGAAGGGUUUCGCAAAGGGGGGCAAAGCUGACGCGGGCAGCCCCUUCGUGAAUAGUGGCAGUGAUAUUGGUGGAGCCGGGGCUGGCGGUGGUGACUUCUGCGGCUCGCACCACCAGCCCCAGCUCAGUGGUGACGAGAGCAAUGGUGAUGACGCAUUUACCACAUUGUAAUUAAAUUAAUGAGCAAGUGGCAUGAGUUCGUGCUCCUCGGUGGAGCAGCCAAAUGGAGGGCGAUUCCUCAUUUUGUCCUCCCACACCUUUUUGCCCCAUGGAAAGGCGCAUGGGGACUAAAUGAGUGACACAAUGCAUAAGAAUCUUCUAAUUAUGUGUACAAUAGAAUUUGAAGAGAGAAAGAGAAGAAACACAAUUCACCUCAUUUUUCCUUCAUAGCGCUCUUCUCCCUCCUCCUCCUGUGCAACUUUCUCCACCCGUCUCCUUUUUCCCUGUGCGCAAAAGGCCAAGGUGAACUCCUUGAGGUGAGCAAAGAAGAAGAAAAAAGACAGACUUAAAGUUGUUUUCGUUUUUUUUUAAAAUCCUUUUAGUACUCUAAAAAAUGAUUUUUUGUAUACUUGUAAUAAGUGUUGAAUGAUGAGGAAAAAAAACUUAAUUGUCAGUGGAAAAUGAUAGCGAAUUUGUGAGAUGAACUCUUUAAAUGUGAAAAAAAAUGAUAUUGAAGAAGUAUAAAAUUACACCAACCAUUAAUUACGUCAUAAGCAAUUUGACUAUUAUUAAUUAUAAUCACACACAUACCUUGUAAAUUAUAAUUAUAAAAAUAAAUAUAUUUAAAUGAAUUUAAGAGAAUUAAAAGAAAAA